AUGCCCCGGCGCCUCCUCCUCCUCCUCCUCCUCGCCCUCUCGCUCGUAGCGUCCGCGAGCGCCGUGCCCGCUGUCAUCCGCAUGGUGCCGGACGACCCCACCGCGGCCUCCUCUGGCGCGGUAGACGACGCGGACUCGCUCUUCUGCGACAGCUGGAGGCUGUCUGUGGAGACGGCCAACGCGGGGCCCUGGCUCGCCGUGCCCGCGCGCUGCGGGGAUUUCGUGCGGGACUACAUGGAGGGGCCUCGCUACGCGUCUGACUCCGCCGUCGCCGCCGCCGACGCCCUAGCCUUCGCCUCUGAUUCCCUGGCCGCCGCCGCCGAGUGGGGCGGCUCGGCGAGCGCGAGGCCGGCGUGGGUAUUCGACGUCGACGAGACGCUGCUCUCCAACGCGCCGUACUACGCGGUGAACGGAUGGGGAUCACUGGAAUUCAAUGAGACCUCAUUUGAUGAAUGGGCAGAUGCUGCAAAGGCACCAACAUUACCACCAAGCUUGAAUCUGUACAAUCAACUUCAGGGACUUGGUUUCCAUAUUAUCCUCUUGACUGGCCGGAUUGAAUUCCAACGUAAUGCCACAGAAUCGAAUCUUUUGUCUGCUGGCUACAACUCAUGGGAAAAACUCAUACUGAGGCAACCAUCUGAUAUUGGCAAGACCGCUGUGCAGUACAAAUCAGAGAGAAGAGCAGCAAUGGAAGCGGAAGGUUUCAAGAUACUUGGAAACUCAGGGGACCAGUGGAGUGAUUUGAUAGGAUCGCCAAUGGCAACGAGAUCCUUCAAGCUCCCAAACCCAAUGUACUUCAUCAGCUGA